AUGUGUCCCUUCAGCUCUGAUAACUUAUGUACGGUCAAUGUCGCCAUUCCCGAUCGCACUUGGCGGAUGUCACUCCGAAACAAGGUUCCCGGCGAGUACUGCAUAAGUAACAUACAUUUCCACUGGGGAUCUAACGGUUCAGUCGGUUCGGAGCACAAGCUGAACGGAAACCAGUACGGGUUAGAGGCCCACCUGGUAACUUACAAAUGCGAUGAAUUCAGUUCGUUCAAUGAUGCUAAAUCCAACCCGUUUGGUUUAGCCAUUUUGGCGUUUUGGGGCGAGGAGCAAACGGAUGUGCAAUCGAAGGACACAAUGAUGGGUUCAAUGGAUCAGUUGGAUAAUAGAUUCACAACUACUCUCAAGCAAAAUGAACCCACAGCCAUUCCGGUGUCUAAUCUGACAAAGCUGUUGGACUUGGUGAAUCCUGCCAAGUAUUACCGAUAUCUUGGUUCUCUAACAACUCCAGACUGUACACCCAAUGUACUUUGGACAAUUUUUCAAGAUCCGGUACCUCUUUCCAUCAAGCAGGUGCUAUCCAUGUUUCUGUUUAUUUGA